AUGGCAUUAGACUUGAGCUUGGAUGAAGCAUUCGAAGAACUUAUACAGCGGCUGACCAUGGACGAGAUUGAAGGCACACCUGAACUCCAUAUGACAACUGAUGAAGAAGAACGUUCUUUGAUGCGCAAGUCCCGGACAUGGUUUGGCCUCCUUGUUUUAGAUCAUAUGCUGAUCAUCUUCAGAUUUCAUGUAGAUGGCGGAAAGCCGCCUGGCAUUCGGAUGACGGGCAAUGCACAUCGAUGCCGCAUUUUGCUCCGUCAUCAUACGUCGACAAUACUGGAUUUACGCCUCUUUUCUCAGGUUGAGGUAUGUCUAUGUAUCUACAUCUAA